CUUCCCGCGCUGUCCGCGCAGACAAAAACCCUGCAAAUUUCUUCCGGAUUCCGACCACUAGUCUGUCACUAGCUAGCUCUCUGUCCAUCUGAUCGAUUCGGAUUUGUGCUAUAAAUGGACGUGCAAUGGAGAGCUUAGCCAUUCAGACAACGGUAGUGGAGUGUGUGAGUAGCUGAGGAGGUCGACCAUGGCGGCGGCUAGGGUUGCGAUGUGGGUGGCGUGCGUGUUGGCAAUGGCGGCGGCGUGCCAGGGGCGGCUUAGGGUUGGGUACUACAAGCGGAAGUGCGCGCCGGCGGAGUACGUCGUCAGGGCCGUCGUCGGCAACGCCGUCCGCCAGAACCCCGGCGUCGGCGCCGGCAUCGUCCGCAUGUUCUUCCACGACUGCUUCGUCCAGGGGUGUGACGCGUCGGUGCUGCUCGACCCGACGGCGGCGAACCCGCAGCCGGAGAAGCUCGGCCCACCGAACUUCCCCAGCCUGCGGGGGUUCGAGGUGAUCGACGCGGCGAAGGCGGCGGUGGAGAAGGCCUGCCCGGGCGUCGUCUCCUGCGCCGACAUCAUCGCGUUCGCGGCGCGCGACGCCUCCUUCUUCCUUAGCGGCGGCGGCAUCAGCUACCGCAUCCCCGCGGGGAGGCUCGACGGACGCGUCUCCCUCGCCAACGAGACGCUCGCGUUCCUCCCGCCGCCGGUGUUCAACCUCACCCAGCUCGUCGCCAGCUUCCAGGCGAAGGGCCUCGACGCCGACGACAUGGUCACCCUCUCCGGCGCGCACACCAUCGGCCGCUCCCACUGCUCCUCCUUCGCCGACCGCCUCUCGCCGCCGUCGGACAUGGACCCCGGCCUCGCCGCCGCGCUCCGGAGCAAGUGCCCGGCGAGCCCCAACUUCACCGACGACCCGACGGUGGCGCAGGACGCGGUGACGCCGGACAGGAUGGACAGGCAGUACUACCGGAACGUGCUCGACAGGAAGGUGCUGUUCGACUCCGACGCCGCGCUGCUGGCGUCGCGGCCGACGGCGGCGAUGGUGGCGCGGAACGCGGCGGCGCGCGGGAGGUGGGAGAGGAGGUUCGCGAGGGCGAUGGUGAAGAUGGGCGGGAUCGAGGUCAAGACCGCCGCCAAUGGCGAGAUCAGGAGGAUGUGCAGGGUUGUCAACGAGUAACUGUUAAUUUCAGAGGAGGAUGCAUCUAGCUACGUACGUGCCAUUUUGAUUUGUUUUCUUCAGAAUUCAGAAGCAUGAAUUGUCACAUUUCAAUAUUAUUUCGUUGCUUGAUUCGAGAUGAUCUGGGGCAAAUGUUGUAUUUGCACCUGACGGAAUUAAUUGUACGCUCCAUUAGAGAUAUGAUCGAAUAAAGUUUUUCAGUUUUUAGCCA